AUGCGGCAGCACUCUCUGUACGCGUCGAUGCAAUGCGUCGUCCACCCUACAGAGCUCGAGGCGGUCGAGCUGGUCGCACUUGAGUCGUGUCUCCGGGACGGAGGUGCCACGCUGCUGACUGACGCCAGCGCUGCUACCGGCAGCGCCGUGACACAUAUCGUUUGCCAUCCAAAGUCCUAUGAGACGUUUGUGGAGCAGCGGAACGAGCGCUUUGUGGCUCUGGUGCGGCCCGACCCGAACCCGGCGCUCAUCUUCUCCACGCUCGCGAUUUCAGCUGGAACAAUGGAGAAAGACCCGCGGAAGGUCAUGAAUGGACUCAUUUCGCAUUAUGGCGGGCAGAUUGUUGACCACAACGACGUCGCUCGAGGAGCGACGCAUAUUUUGUAUCGAGACGAGAGCAGUGACGAUGCUGCGAUGGUGGAACCUGAAGCAGAGCAGGAGGGAGACGAGAAACUACUCCAGGUUCACUUUUCGAAAACUGAUCUAGGUCGGAGUGUUGACGCCUGGCGUCAGCAUUUGUCGUCGCAGUCACUAGACUCGACGUUCUCGCUGCCUAGUUGUGUUGUUGCCUACAUGGGACAACAUGCUGGACUGUCCAAGCAACAUCAUGUCAAGUAUACGUGGAUUGAAGAUUGUGUGAUGCGACAGAGUCGCGUGCUAGAAGGUCCUUUUGAUCAUAGACCUACUGGAUCUUCUGCUGUAAAUGUGGACAAGAAGAAGCGCAACUGGAAGACGCAGCCGAAAGUGCAGCUAGAUGAUCUGAAUUUUGGUAAGUAUGCACAGGUGUAUCAGCAUGGGAAGACGGAACUCGGCACAGAACUCUCAGUCGUUCGCAAGCUAUCUAAUGAGAAACUGAAGGCGAUGAAGAAAACGUUACAAGGCGCGAUUGUACUCCUCGCGCAGCAUAUAGCUCCACUGCUACGACAAAAGCUGUCGGACAUGUUGAAGACAGUGGACGCCAAGGUAGCAAAUGUCCCGUUGGGUGACUCGUAUCAGGAAAUCGUAGGCAAAGUAGUCAUGAACGCGUCGUUUAUCGUUUGUCGAUACCGUGGCGGAUUUGAGUACAAUGAAGCCGUGCGUCAAGACAAGAAAGUGGUGAGCGUGUAUUGGGUUCUUGCAGGACUUGUGCAAGUGCGGAAGCCUACUUCGUUCAAUGAGGCGAUUCAGCGGCCAGUUCGCUCAUUUGGUGGUAUUCCCGGAAUGCAUUCUCAAGUUAUCACUUUAUCAGGGUACUCGAGUCAGUCCAGCCCAACACGCGAAGAAUUGCAGAUUGCUAUCCACGCCACCGGUGCAUGCUUACUUCCGGUGCUUUCCCGGACGCAUUCGACGCACCUCCUAUGCCACGAUGCCACCGGGGAGAAGUAUAAGAGAGCGCUGAGCUGGAGAUUCGACAAUGUCUUGAGCCACAAGUGGGUUUUCGCAUGCUUGUCAAAGUGGGAGCAUGUUGCCGAAGAUGCGUUCCGGUACAACGUCAACAAGGAGCUGUCUGGAGAUACGGUCGGUACGGCAUUAGAUGGCGGUCCGAAGAAGAAGCCUGGCAGAAAUAAUAAAGUCGACGAGGCAGCACUGAUCGAAACGACCGUAGGAACUACGCCUGUCGCCAGAAGUGCAAAAAAGGCGAAGAAGGCUGGUCAAGGGCGCUUUGAUGUUGACGGCAUUCUCACGGAGAUCGACAAGGUGCCUACUCCUAGUGACAAGACGAUCCCAGCUAGCAGCACGGUGACGACACCGGCGACAACCUCCAAUCUGUCGAGCUCGACGCCCGGCCAUUCGAAAGACGUAGCUUGCACGUUGUUCGAUACACCAACAGACACAAACACUUCUCCAAAGAACAAGCGAAAAUCUCGACAUAAACGGUCUGACCAAGUGUUCACAAGUAUGGGAGUCUCGGAAAGAGAACGUGGUGAGAAGGCUGUGGGAACUGGUGUCAAAGUCGAAGCUGCGAAGAAGUCACCGUUUGGUAUCAGCACUCUGGAGACAGCGAGCACCGUUGCAGCUGAUCAGGACACAGCGACAGCAAUACAAGUGUCUGCAAAGAAACUCAAAACAACGAAGCGCAAGGGUGAUGACGACCCGGAUGGAUUGGAUACAUUGAACAAGAGCACUGUAAAGAAGCAGAAAAAAGAGGUUGUCAGUGCUACAGUAUCGGCUGGAUCCUUGGCUUCAAGAAGUAGGCGUGUAUUCCUCUUGACGGGCGAUCGAGACCAGGCAACGAUGCACACCGCGAUAAUCACUUCAUUGGGUGCAACCGUUGGUGAGUUUGGUCGCGUAUUCGACAACAACUGUACGCACAUUAUUUGCAGCGAACUUAAGCGGACGGAAAAGUUCAUUGCUGGAUGCGCAGCUGGCAAGUGGAUUGUCAAGCCAUCGUAUCUGGAUGCUAGCGCAAAAGCCAAAGAGUUUGUUGAUGAGACUGUACACGAGUGGGGGAGCCACAAAUCUGACAGUAAGGAUAUCGAUACGCGAAUAUGGCCAGGAGCGUGCGGGUACUGGCGCAAGAAGCGUGCAAGUGGACAUCCCGGAGCAUUUGCUGGUUGGCGUUUCUUUAUUCACGCGAAAUGCACUCCUCCGCGGGAUAUGUGUGAGCGGAUCGUUCUCGCUGGAAACGGCUCGGUGAUCCCGCUUAGCAAAUCUGCCGCUGACUUUGACCGUCUAGCGAAGGAGUCGACCGCCGACGCACCUGUCGUAGCUCUCUUUUCACCCGAAGUGCCAACCCGAGACCUGUGGCUGAAGAAGCUCAAGACACACAACAUUGAUUGUCUGAAGGCAAACUUUCUCAUUGACUACAUUUCAAAGAAGCAAACACUGCCUGUCAAGCGUGCAGACUACAGGCUGUAG